ACUUCAGCCAUAAAUUAAGUUGUGCAAUUUCCCCCCUCCAUCCCCUUUUCUUCGGAGGUACAAGUAAAAUGGCUUAUCCAUAUUAUUCUCCGCCGCCACCAUCACCACCUCCUCCUUGCACCCCUGUGCCACCUCCGCCUCCUCCUCCAUGCAACCCUGUGCUACCUCCGCCAAUCCCUGCUACCCAGCCACCAAAAGCUUCACCUCCCAAAUAUCAGCCGCCACCACCACCAACACCAUCUUAUUUCCCUCCAUCCCCAAAACCAACAGUUCCUUCUAUUCCUGGUCCAAGUAAUAAGACGCCGCCACCUAAACAGUCAAAUCCACCAACUCCCACCAAGAGUAGUAUUACUCCAACGCCACCGCCAAUUAAUAACCUUCAACCUCUAACACCCACCGGUUACAUCCCAGUACUUGGACCACUCCCACCCGAACCUUUGGCCUCCGCUCCAGCAUCAUCCCCAGUAAUAGUGUCACCACCACCAGGCAGCAACCACACUACCAUCAUCGCCGUGUGUGUUUCCCUUGGUGGCGCCUUUUUCCUUGCAUUCCUACUGGUUGGGCUCUUUUGUUUAGCAAAGAAAAAGAAGAAGAAGCCGGAGAUGAUUCCUGAAGCAGCAGCUUGUAUUGAAGAACAUGAAGUAAUCCAGGAGACUAUCACGACAGGUCCUUGUGGAGAACAAACCGUAACAGUAAAAAUUGAGGAUGAUGUGGUGGUCCAUGAAGCUGUGGGUGCCGUUCCUGUUAGUCCGCAUGGCUGCCGGGAUGCUGCUGAAAUCAGGGCUCCCUAGUAGUGGUUCUCCUUAUCACAGGAAUUAACUACUAGCUAGCCAGCUUAAUAAAUAUAUCAACUUGGUGCAUGCAUGAUGCAUACAUUGAAUUUCAAUUCCUUCCAUAUAUUGAAAUAAGUUUGAUCGAAUUGCUUUCAUGUGAUUGUUGAUAUUGUGUGUUUAGAAUGAUGUUAAUUUUGAAUAUAUCAAUAAGCAGGGA